AAUCUGAACAAAAUAUGCGUGAAGCGCACCGUUUUGUUUCCCCAGACAUGGAAGCAGCGCUGGAAAAAAGAUAGAAAUCUUGGAUUAAUUCUACGGGACUUUUCAUCAUGACAGGGGUUUUUGGUCGUACGGGUAACCGUAUGUUUGAAUAUGCGUCAAUGUAUGGAAUUGCAAAACGAAAUAACAUGACACCAGUCCUGCUUGCAAACGCGGAGGUACGGAGAGUGUUUCGAAUUCCGGAUUAUAUUCCCCACUCUUUACCGCCUGGUGUUAAACUUGUGAAAUUCCACGAGAUGAAAUACGCAUUUUAUGAUAACAGGACGGAGACAUUGUACAAGAAAGGCCAAUCGGUACAGUUAUUGUAUUAUUUGCAGUCCUGGAAAUAUUUCCACAAUGUCGAAGAUGAUCUAAAGCAACAUUUUCGUUUCCGAAAGGAGGCAGAGUUCCGCAGAGAAAUCAAUGCUUUUUUUGACAUUGCAUUACUAGAACUUGGGAUGAACAUCAAAAGGGAUAAAGUAACGUAUAUUGGAAUCCAUGCCCGGAAUUGGAAAGACUUGCACACGAACGCACAUGAGCGUGGUUAUAACGUGGCGCCAUCUAGUUACUACACUAAAGCCAUGCGGUACUUUGAGAAUAUCUAUAAAAACAUCCUGUUUAUUGUACUGUCUGAUGAUAUGUCUUGGUGCAAAAAGAAUGUUCAGCACCCACGAAUCCGAUACAACCCAUUCAACGACUCCAUACUGAGUUUAGCUCUCUUAGGAAGUUGUAACCACACCAUAAUGUCAGUGGGUACCUUUUCUUGGUGGGGCGCGUGGUUGGCCGGGGGAGACGUGGUUUACUAUAAAGACUGGCCCAAACCUGGCACUUACUUGUGGUGGCGCACCAACCAUGAGGACUAUUUUCCCCCAAACUGGGUUGGAAUUUCCGGAUAGGAUAGC